UAAAUCAUCAUCCAUUGGAAAAGAUACCAUGGGUAAUACCACAACCGAUCUGAGAGCAUCUGAUCUUUCUCCUCCAUCUGAUGAUCAAGAUGAUGGGGAAGGAGAUCAGAGAGAUGUACCUUCCAUGGUCAUCAGUGCACCGUCCGAUGAUGGAUAUAAUUGGAGGAAGUAUGGGCAGAAACAGGUGAAAGGCAGUGAAUUUCCCAGAAGCUAUUACAAGUGCACGCAUCCAAAUUAGAAAAAGGUGGAACGCUCUCUAGAGGGCCACAUUACGGAAAUAAUCUACAAGGGAGCCCAUAACCAUCCCAAGCCUCCACCAAAUCACCGACUGGUUGUUGGGUCCUCUCACCCACCAGGUGACACAGACACUGCUGAGCAGCAUGGUGCACAUGCCGGUGGAGAGCCUAUGUGGGCGGGUACGCAGAAUGGAGCUGCCAUUGCUGGUUUCGAAGGGAGGCAUGAUGGUGUGGAGACAGCAUCACCUGCAUCGGUGGCCACUGAAUUCUACGACCGAGCUUCCUCUAUGCCAGCACGAAAUGGUCCUCAAUUUGAAUCUGCUGAUGCCAUAGACGUUUCAUCCACCCUGUCCAAUGAUGAGGAUGAGGAUGAUCGGGGGACGCAUGGCAGCAUUUCAUUGGGUCAUGAUGAGAAUGGUGAUGAAUCUGAGUCAAAAAGAAGGAAGUUAGAUACUUCUGCAAUGGAGAUGAGUGGGGCGUCAAGAGCAGUUCGAGAACCAAGAGUUGUUGUCCAAACAACUAGUGAGGUCGACAUCCUGGAUGACGGGUAUCGCUGGCGCAAGUAUGGGCAGAAAGUCGUCAAAGGAAAUCCAAAUCCAAGGAGCUACUACAAGUGCACAAAUGCAGGUUGCACAGUUAGGAAGCACGUGGAACGGGCCUCCCAUGACCUCAAGUCGGUAAUCACCACUUACGAAGGAAAACACAAUCACGAUGUUCCAGCUGCAAGGAACAGCAGCCACAUCAGCUCCAUGGCCUCUAGCGCUGCACCUGCUGCAGCUGCCCAAGCUCACAUUGUCAGGCCAGAGCCAUCUCAACCCCACAAUGGCAUGGCAAGGUUCGAAGGCCCCAUACCUCUUGGCACAUUUGGUCUGGCUGGAAGACAGCCAUUGGUUCCCACACCCGGCUUCUCUUUCAAUAAUCAACAAGGCCUGGCCAGCCUGGCAAUGGCUGGAUUAGGACCUGGCCAAGGGAAGCCACCGUCUCUACCAAUUCAUUCAUAUAUAGGGCAACAAAAGGCGACUGAACCGGGAUUCAUGAUGCCAAAAGGAGAACCUAAGGAGGAGCCCAUGUUACAAUCCAGCCAUCCUGUCGCGAACGGGUCAUCCAUUUAUCAUCAGAUCAUGAGCAGGCUGCCUUUAGGGCAUCAGCUGUAAAUAACAAAAGAAGAGGGAUUUUCUUGUUGUAUAUGCUAGAAAUUUUACUGUAAUAAUUUCUUCUACAUCUGAUAUUUAAAAAUACAUUUGUUGUUUCGAGCAACAUCAUCUUGUGACUUGUAGGAACAUGCACAUGUUUAAUAUUACUUGAAAAGGUUACAUGUAA